UGACGGCGUUGAAGAGGAAGGCGAGGGAAUUAAUAGAAGGGAAAAGGGGAAAGUGAUUGAAGACGGGAAAAAGAUCAAGGGGAAGAAAUUGAUGAAAGGGAAAAUAAUCAAAAAGAGGCUCAUCAAGGUUGAGAUCUGUGCUUCGAAAAAGGAAAAGAUAAAUAAGCUCGCAUCUUCAGCUCAUAUCUUUCAUAAACUUCAAGAUUCUAAGCAUAAAGUAUUGCCUAGAAAAAAUAGCAAAAAUCUUGUUGAUAGCAAAAAGAAUUCGGUGUAUAUGAAGAAUCUGCCAAAGAGUCGGAAACUAAAACUUCUACGAUCUUCGAAACAAACCUCCAAGGAGAAGAUUGAGCCGGGAAAGGCUCUUCGAGUUCAUCACAUUCUGAAUAAUCCUACUAGAAGAUCAACAAAGAAAGCAGGUGCUAAAACAAAUACAGGAGGUAAGUCAGUAGAUUCUUGUUGUGGAUCAGAAGACCUAGUUGAUUUGUCUGGUAAAAGUAACAUGCAUGCACAUGCCAAAACCUGCUCAUCUAUAGAAAAUACAUGCAAAGGAGACAGUCUUCCAGCUGCUGAUGAUGUAGCUCAGGCGGAAAACUCCAGUGAUAUCAGUGCUUUUAGAGAUAUCAUAAAUAGGGCAGAUGAAACUUCAGCAGAAAAAGAACAAUUGCUUGAAUCUCACAGUAAUAUCAUGCCUUCCAUAUAUACAAAUCCCAGAAGCACAAGCUGUUCUGACCCCAAGAGAGACUUGUUUUCCAUACCGGAGGACCAUUGCCAGUCUGUUCAGGGUUAUAAUGAAGGGUGUCAUUUUAUUACUGGGAAUAAGACUUUAUUAGCCAGUGAUCCACAUGAUGACCCAAGGAAUCUGGAGCCUAUUCAUAGUGCGGGACUGAGUUCUCAUUCUGACAUUCAGAGUAAUGAAAUUUCCCCCAAGACAUUAGAUUCCCCGUCUCUUGCUUCAAGGUUUGAUCCAACAGGUUCACUGAGCUUUAUCAGAAAUCUAAGUCCACCGAAUACAACAUCUUGUUCAAUCACGAGAAAGGAGGAAACUAAGAUGCAGAUUCAACCUCCAAUAGACCCCUUGACAACUUCCUAUUGGCAGAUUCUCCCACCCAAGGACUUCCGCUCUUCUGCGGGGUGUAAAUUGGUACCAAAGCCAGUGCCAAUCUCCAAGGACAAGUGUAAUGUUGAUGGUUUUGUUGGUUUACCUCUUAAUUCACAGGGGGAAUUUAUCCAUUCACAGUCCGCUGCAAGUUUUGAUUUUGGUGAAAUCAGUAAAAAGAAAAAUGCUAUACAAGGUUCAAUCCGAGGCUAUCCAUUUCCUCAUAAUGCGGAAUCUUGGACUAGUUUAGAUCAUGUGAGCAGAAUGAAAGGGAAGUUUCCUAAUGCAGCAUUGAGUCAGAAGGUUCAACCAAGUUGGUAUCAACGGCAAUACAAUCUUGCUGAUGUGCGAAAUUUUGAUAAUUUUGGAGUUCAAAGCAAUAAUGAGGCCGUAACUGAUAGAUAUCCAAGCUUCCUUAAUGACCACAAUAUCAUGGAAGUAUCUUGUCAAGGCUGCAGGGAUGAUAUUCGCACACGGAAUUAUAUUGACAGGGUAAAUUUUCAAGCAGAAAGGACUAUGGAGCAUGUGUCUCAGCCUAAUAUUCAACAGACAAUGCGAUUGAUGGGUACAAAUGUAACGGUUACUGGAAAUAACAAAUGCCAAAGUUAUGGUGAUGGGAGAAUAUGGAUCGACAAAGAAGUAGUAAGUGAUCAGUUUGGAAGAGUUUCCCAUCAACCAAUGCAACAACAAUGGGUUACACAUUCAUCAUCUAUGAAGCCAAAAAAUAAUUUAGUUCGUCCGUUAGAUACUUCGUCAAACUUCUAUAGUAUGCCAGCUAUUGCACCGAGAUUGGGUGUUAUGCAUUUUAAUUAUCGACCACAAUGGGUAUCGAGAAAUGACACUUCCUCAGUCAUGGGAAACACUCUCUUUAGCCAUCCACUUAACUCACAAUCUUUGAUGAACGACUCUUCGAAAUCCUUACUGACUACUAUCCCAGGGAUCACAUCGGUUAAAAUGGGGCAUCAGAUUCCAGUGCUGGCAUCCAAUCAUCCCAAUUCUUAUCAGCAUAUGCUUCUCAGUUCUACUCAUUGCAAACAUACCCAGGGCAUUACAUACAGUACAACAUCAACAUUUCGGCCUCCCAUUUCCUAUCAUGAGACUUUUAGUCCUGUCCAGCCAUCACCAGCUCAGUCUUCAAUGAACCUUCCUCGGUGGUUAUUAAAUGCAAAACAGCAGAGGAAAAGCCAAAGACCUCCUUGUUCAUGUUUUCCUGAUCCACUUGCUUCUCACCACCGCAGCAGCAUGUCUCGUGCCGAUAUAUUUCCUCUCCCAUCUCCACAUCACACUUCAGCAAUAAAUUUUCCCAUUUGUACUGGCACUACCUCUAUAGCUGGUGGGUUAUCCACUCCUUUUGUCCAAUCUUCAUUGGUUCCCCCCAGUAUGACAAGCAGAUCGAAGCCUGCGAUUGAUAACUCCUGUGGCAAGAAUAUGAUCAGAGGAGGAACGAAUUUUAAUUUCACAUAUUUAAAAUCUUUGGAUGCGGCUGGAAAAACUAGGAAGAGGGCCGCAGCUAAAGAUGAUCGUUUCAUGAAACCAGCAAAGAAACCUUUUUUCAGAAUGCAAGACCAGAUGGCUGCUUCAGCAAAUCCCAGACAAGAAGAACAGAUGCACGCUAAUACAGUAAAUGCUGAGGCCGUGACUGAUUCCAACAAUUCAGGGGCUGUUACUCAAAAUGAAGGUUCGAGGACCCUGUCUUUGUGUGGCUCUUUAAAAGUUGAUGGUGGGUUGAAAUCUGGACCUGUCAAAUUGACCGCUGGAGCAAAGCACGUACUGAAACCCAGUCAAGAUCUGGAUCAAGAUAUUUCUAGGUCAAUUCAUUCGACAAUACCCUUUUCCACUGGGGAUAAUUCUGGUAAGGUUAUAGAUCCUCAGAUGACAGCUACAGAAAUUUACAGGUUUUAGCGGAUCCCAAUCUAAGAGACUGAAGUUUCUGACAGCUGACUGAUUGUGUUGGCUCAAACUACAAGUUUAGCUGUUGUAAAAUGCUUUGGCUUGGGUGGAAAUGACUAAUUGCUUAUGCAACUUUUGCUUUGGAUUUUGUAUCUCUUUGUUCUUCCAUCUAUUGGCCGUUUCUUCAGCAUCCAUGAGGUAAGUAUAUAAAUCUUCAGCCAAUCGUCUGUAUUGUGUUACUUGUUAUGAUGACAAUAUUAAUUAUGCAUAAUCUUAUUUUGUUUCUACUUGAUCUUUA